UCAUCGAAGUUUUCACGCUGCGUUCGGUUUCUUUUUCUCGUACAAUUCCAAAUUUCGGAAGGACUAUCGUAAAUUAUUGAUGAGGAUAAUGCGUAUAAAUUCUUUUUACCGGUUUACAAACCCGAGUAAUUAAAAAUUAAUCGAGAAGUGGACGUGUUACACGUAUUUACAUAUAUAUUGAAUCAAUUGACAGUUAUAUUACGAAAUUGUAAUAACAUGUUUGGCUUUUGUGCGCCAACUCGCAAAAUCGACGUGCUGUGUGUAAUUAUCCUGAUAUCGAAAUAUUCCUCCGCUUUUGAGAAGCACUGGCUUCCAGAUUUGGAAUGGCAAACCGUAAACAACUGGAUGGACAAUCGCAUUCCAGAAAUCGACAAUCGAGUAAUUUUCCCUCGACAGACUCGACAUGCAGUGGGAAUCGCCGUAGCUGACAAUUUAAGGCUAUCCGGGAUCGAUUUAUCCAAUCAAGGAUUGCUGGUCCUGCCUAGAAACGGUAAACUGCAACUGAGCAAUUCCAGAGCGGAUGCAAAGGUCAGUAAAUGGUCAAAGGAGGGUAAUUUCUUCUGGGCGGAUCCCGCAAAUUGGAAUGGCAGUUCGGUAGCAACACCGCAUCUUGAGCGCGUUCCUUGUCGUCUGGACGACGUUGUUCUACCGAGCGUAACUCGUACUUUGAGUGUCCUUUUACCUGUGAGAGAAGUGGAGGUGAAAUCGAUUCGACUUUCAAACGAGAAGCAGCCGUUCCUCGAGGAGGAAUGGACGAAUUUUCAAGAUCGUAGAGAAUUCACCAGAGGUAGAUUUACCGUAAAAUACACCGAAAAUUAUCUCCAGCGCGAUUGCGCGAAAUGCUUCUGUCAGGGAGACUCUCAAGACGACUAUCUCGAAGAGAUCUGCGCCAUUGAGAGAUCGAGAUGCGGUUUCACGGAUUGCGAAUAUCCUCUUGCGGUGGAAGGUCACUGUUGUCCUUAUUGCGGCGGACGCGUUUCCACAUCUGGAGCACAUGUUUCGUUAGCGAUGGUACAAACCGCGGCGGACGAAGCUUUGGAAGGAUACACCGAGAAGAUUGCCUGGCAUACCAGACGCAGUUGGAAUGGAGGCGUCGAGGUCCUCGUAAAGGAGAAGGGAGAUUAUUCCGGGAUCGCGAUACAGGAGGCAGUGGAGAAUCUGAGGGAGAUGUUGCAAUCGACGGGAAUCGAGGUGACAAAGGCGGAGACAGCCGGAGCAGCUAUGAAAGAUUCCCGAUUAGCUGUUACACUCGGACCUCUUCUCGGGACACCUCUCGUCGUGAUCGCUCUUCUUCUGCUGGCCUUCCUAUACUUUGGUUAUUCUUUAGAACAUGUUCUCUCGGGAUGUAUGGAAGUCGUCUCAUCCGUUCGUGAUGGAAUUCGGGCGGACAAGCAGAAACACGGAUUCGCCCGUUUCGAGAACGUUCCCGAAGGCAACGUUCGGAUUGCCGACGUUCCCGGAACGAGCGGACGAGAGGCUGACGAUGACGAUGCCGUCAAAGGGAUAACGCAUGUCGCAGGUGGCAGAUUCGAAAAUCCCCUGUAUAGGUCUAAGAGGGAUAAGACGGAAGAACGUAAGAUUCUUGAUGCACCCCUCAGCCUCGCCACUCUUAAAAGUCAGAUAGAUGAUCAACUGGAAAGUAAGGAGAUGGAUACCGAGGAAUAAGAAUUCAAUUCCAAAAUAUUACAUUAAUUAAGUUUUAUGAUCUUAAUUGAGAAAAUAAUUGA